AUGAAGUCUGCUUCGCUUCUUGGUUUUUGUCGCUUAAAAUCAAUACACCUUAUAAUUGGAGAAGAUCAUAGUGAUAAUGAGAGCAUUUUAGUAGAUAAAGGCUACUUCCUUUGUAUAUUUAAGAGUGACCAUGAUGGGAUCAUGCUAGGUGAUAGAUGCUCGACGAGUGAUAAAGACCUACUUCAUGUAGAGAGUAGGCCUGACUCUACGAAUCAAGAUCUAGCGAUUCGUCCCGUCCUCCAUCGAUAG